AUCAGUGGGGGGCCUUGGCUUUAGUUUGCGGUAGAAAUUUCCCUAGUGGCUGUAGACUGAUUCUUGCCACUAACCCAAGAUGGGCGUUGCGCAGGGGAAGCAGAAUUCCAGGUGCACUGACAAUGGCCAUGAGUACUUUGUGAUCUCCGACAGGAAUCAUAAACUCACUCACUUAGUCAAUCAAUGUCAUCCUUAACACGAAUAGCAUGUGUUGCAGCGUGGGAUUAAGCUCCGCAAUUGGCCGCGAAAUGGUAAUCUGUCGGAGACCAUUCAAUGUGGCGCUGAUGACCUGCAGCUCAAGGAGGGUGUCUACGUGUGUGUGAAUUACGGGGAGGGUUGGACUGAAGCCUUCAGUCUACGCUGGAGUGUACUGGAAAAAAAUUGGUGGAGGUGAAGGCUGAUGGCAUGCAGCUAUCAGUUGCAUGUAAGUACAAGGAAGCAAAUGCAGCGGUAGCCUGUUCAUCAAGGUGGGGGGUUGAAGAGGCGUAGUCUGUGACAUGUAGCGAUCAUGACCCUAGGACGGUGCAACUGACAUCGGAAACACAUGCAUUCAUGGCAUAAUUUUACUCGCUAGGCCUGAGACUCUGGCUUCUGCAGCUCUUUUCUUAGCUGAGUCCGCUGUCUCCGAUACAUCGCACGCUCGGUCGUGGGAUUUUUCGCCCACAGAUUCUUUACAUCUCAGGAUUUGGCCCGAUUUCUUGUUAGUCGCGCUGUGUAGCUGUUUGUGGUUCGCUUCUCGAGGUGAUGUUGGAAUGGCUGCUUCUAGAGUCUGUGUUUCAUAGCUGUACUGAGGCACUUAGAGAUUGGUAGUGGAGUGGGUGAAUGGCAGUUGUCGUAGUUUGAAGAAUGUGAGAGGUGGGGUUUUUGUAUGAGCUAACGUACAUCGUGUAAUCGGAUACUGCCGAAUGUGGUGGGGGUUUCUGCGUUCUGGAGACGAUGUAACUCGUUGGAGUUUGGAAACCAUGAUUGACUGAGCUGAGCUUGGAGUGAUUGUGUAGCGAGCGUGGUAGACAUUUGCUCAUCGAUGACCAGAAAGAUGGCUGCAUGCAGCAGCUAUGGACUCUCCUGGCGUCUUUACUGGGCAUGUAGUUGCGUAGUUCUCGUUGCAGCAUUGACGUGCUACGUCAACGUCGUGGAUGCAUUGCCGAGGGUUCAGUCGGAUGGCCUGCUCAAAAUCCAGGAGCUUCUUCGCACACCCACUGCAAAAGCUAUCUGGAACAUUGACACCGACUUCUGUAAGCUUCCCCCAACCUCGCAUCUGUACAUAAAUUGCACGGGGGAUACUUUGACUUAUCUUAGAAUUGUUGGUGAUAAGAAUAUGGUCACUGAGAAGGAGAAGCGGCAGCUGGGUUCUGCAGGUGGCUCACUUGGACCUAAGAAGUCUCUUCCGUCGAAUUUUUCUGUAAAUACACUCGUGGAUACACUACUGACAUUCCCCGAUUUGCGAGGUUUAGAGCUCGUUAGCUUAGGAAUGUGGGGUUCUCUUCCUGAGAAGUUGUCUCAGCUGAGCAGCCUCCAAACCCUCAAUGUAAGCUCCAAUCUAUUCACAGGAACCAUCCCGAAGAGUCUUCAUAAAAUCACAGGGUUGGGAACCUUGGCUUUGGACAACAAUGCUCUCGCUGGGAUAUUUCCCUACUGGUUGAGCGCGAUGUCAAGCAUUGAAACACUUUCCCUCUCCGACAAUUUCUUCACCGGAGAGCUCAACGAUUCAAUUUCGUCUUUUAAGAAUCUGAGUUCAUUAUCAGUGAGCAACAAUUUGUUGUAUGGCAAUAUACCAGGCUCCUUAUCUUCGUUGCAAAGUCUUCAGUUCUUAUCUCUUGCGCACAAUCGCUUCACAGGAAACAGUCCAAACUUGGAAAAUCUCAGAAGCCUGAAGACUCUGAACUUGGGCGGCAACAGCUUGGGGCCUGGCUUUCCCGCCCUCGGGACACAUCUCACGUCGGUGUAUCUGGGUCAGAACAAGUUGUCCGAAUCUCUUCCCGAUUCUCUCAAGGAUUUUGGGGAGCUGCACACGCUGGAUAUCUCCGGAAACGCACUCGCAGACACUCCACCUGCAUUUCUGUUUAAUCUUCCGAGAAUAUCCACCCUGAAUCUUGCAAGAAAUCAUUUCAGCGGUGUUUUGCCACUGAACCUGACACUAAGCAAGUCUCUUUCCGUACUCGACGUGUCGAACAACUUCCUAACUGGACAACUACCCCUAGUAUUCCUUUCCGCCAGAAACGUGGCAUUGUAUUAUCAGAAUAAUUGUAUGGACACUCUCAAACAAAAGCAGGGGUCGAAAGAGUAUUGCACCAUCACUGCUGCGAAGCUCGGAAUUGGAAGCUCGGAAGUUCAUCACAGCCAUCUUGUGCUUAUAAUCGCUGUUGCGGCUGCUGGAGGGUUGUGUUUGACGGUAGGAUUAUGUGGUGUGGUAUUGCUUAUGGCGAGACGAUGCUCAAUUGAUAAAGACAGUGUUGCAGCACCUGAGGAUCGCAACUUCGGUUCCUUUCGAGGAAUACCAUCGGAAUUACUGUCCAAUGCUAGGUAUCUCUCACAAUCGAUGAGAUUGGGGGUGCUGCCACAAUCUCAGAACAGAGUGUUUGCUCUCGAGGAGCUGAAGGUUGCAACUAAUAACUUCAGUCCAGGAGCACUUGUUGGGGAAGGUCGGCAUGGCAAGGUGUACAAAGGACUCCUGGAGGACAAGACUGUUGUGGCCAUCAAGUGGCUGAACUUUAAGUCCAAGGAGGACAUGGCCGAAUACAAGACACAACUAGAGGUUCUAAACAAGCUCAGACACCGACAUCUUGUGAGCGUCCUUGGCUACUGCUCAGAGGAGGUGACGAGCAGUGUUGACGACGAAGAAUUUAAAUCGUUUCGUCUGUUCAUCGUUUCUGAUUUCAUGGGGAAUGGCGACCUCCGUAGUCACUUAUCAAAACAAAUGGGGAAGGAGCCAAUGGUAUGGUCCCAGAGGCUUGCAGCUGUUAUUGCCGCUGGACGUGGUAUUCACUACCUGCACACCGGCGUUGUGCCUCCCAUAUUUUACAAUAACUUGAAGAUCACAAGCAUUCUUUUAGACUCUUAUAUGGUAGCGCAACUUAGCGACUUUGGCUUACCAGUUCGACGGGUCUCAUUCUCCAUGGAUGUUGUCGCGCCAGAAGGGAAAGCAGGAGUUCCUAAACUAAAUCAUGAGGAAUCUUUACGCAGGCAGGAGCACAGAGAUAAGCAGGAUGUGUAUGACUACGGAGCCAUACUCUUGGAGAUUGUUCUUGGUAGACCACCCACCAUCAGAAAUCCCUUUCCACAAAAACGUUCAGAGCUGGAGCGAUUGACAAAGGAGAAAGGACCAUCAAUGGAGCUGAUUGAUAAAGACAUCGUUGGAACAUGUGGAGCCGAAUCCCUCGCUACAGUGCUAGAAAUUGCUGGGAAGUGCAUGGUGGAUGACCCUACGAGACGACCUUCCAUGGAAGAUGUCCUGUGGAACCUGCAAUAUGCCCUGCAAGUACACUCCUCGGUCAACGACGUCACAGAUGAGCAUGAUCUGAGAAGAGAGGAGUUUCAGAAGGCACCCAGUUUCACUGAGAGGAAGCGUUGCUUCUACGACAACCGUGUCUCUGACGAGGAUUGGAAAGCAGGUCCGUCUGCAUCUCGUGAUUUCCUCCGAUAGCUCCAUAAUUUUCAUCAUCACCUUCUGGGUCCAGGACCAAAGAGACCAGGGCGAGCUUGAAUCGGAGUUUGAGGACUAGGUUGGUGAACCUUUCUAAGAUUGCCAUGUUUAAUAGUGUCAGUGUGAUUUUCGGAGAGCUGCGUUGCUGAUUGGGAUCGAGUGCAAGUCAAAUCCGCUGGUGACCCAGUUCUGCUAGAAUUUAAGUUCCGUAACCCAGUGCUAUCACAGCCACUUUCGUUGUCAAGGUACCCAAAACUAUGGGGUGAGAUUGUCGCCCAACGAUUUCAUAACUUUCUUGGGGAUUUGAAGCUGCGUGUGGUGGCGCUGACGAUACUCGAACAAGCUCAUGUGAUGAUGGCUUGAGGAACACGUUCCACUUCUUCCGUGUCAAUGCUUAAAAUUUCUUAACCAUGAGGCUUUGAUUCAUUCCAGCUGAAGCCCUUCUGCAGUCAAAUUAGUCAGAAACAAGCAAGUGGGGAACACGAAGUGAUAUGAUCGAAAUACAUAAUAUUCACCGCCUCGAGCUUGAGGCGAAUAUUGAUCCGACCCCCAGGAUUUCCUGUACGCCAUUGUUGUGAAUAAGCUCUGAGAGGCAGAUCAUGUUCAUGAUAAAAAAAAUAUAUUUUCUGGAUUUUAAUCUGCACACC